UGCAGGAGAAUGUUUGCAUCGAAGAGAGGUGUACGUAAACAAAGUGAGUUCACAAAAUGAUUUGUCUUUCUAUUCGGUGAUGUAAAAAUCGUAAAACUUCCGCUGAUUUUUUCCGGGAGAUAUUCAAUAGUCUAUCGGCAUUAAAAUAGCAGUAUAACUAAUAAUUAAAAGUGAUAAUGUUGAUUAGUUUUCGUAGCAUUCGUCGUAAUUUCGAAGUUUAAGAUAAGUUACCUAACCGACAGAUAAAAAUCCAAUGAUGAGCAUCAAUUCACGAUUGGUUUCGAAAAAUCUAUCCCGCUUCAAGCUGGUGACCUUCGAUGUGACCGAUACUCUAUUGAAAUUCUCCCGCCCGCCCGAGAUCCAAUACGCUAUGGCCGCUCGCCAUCAAGGGUGCCAGAACAUCGAGGAAAAGGCGCUGGCUGGCUGCUUCCGGACACAUUUCAAGCGAAUGGCGCGAGAUUACCCAAACUUUGGCAAGGGUUCGCCGUACGAUUGGCGAUGGUGGUGGCGAACGCUGGUCAUGGACAUAUUUCGGGAUUCCCAUCGACACUUGAGCGAAGCUAUGCUCAGUCGUAUUGCCGACCAGCUCAUAGAGGACUACGAGACUCGAGACUGCUGGACAAAGAUCGAAUUCGCCGAUCAGUUAAUCGAUCUGGUACGGGCCCAGGGUAAACAGGUAGGAAUUAUUUCAAACUUUGAUCCCAGGUUGAGCUACAUUUUAGAGGCUAUGCAAAUACCAACCGAUUUUAUCGUAACGAGUUAUGAUGCAGGGAUUCAGAAGCCCUGCCGCGAAAUAUUCGAUUUUGCGUUGAAUCUUUGCAAUCAACGGGUGCUUCCGAGUGAAGCAUUACACAUUGGCAAUACUCCUCAACUAGACUACAUUGGCGCCCAACGAGCUGGCUGGGCGAGUAUAUUGGUUAACGUGGGAAGCGAAUCUCAGCAGGGAAUUUCUCUCGAUUCAGAAAUAAAUCCAAAACAUGUGUUUGCAAACUUUCGGGAAUUUAUUCACGUUUUAGAGACCGAUGAAUUGAAGUGGUAGAUUGUUGUGACUGUAGUUAGGUUUCUUUCGUUUCUCAUAAAGUGUACAUAAUAGAAUAUAUAUUGAGAUUAAAUGUUAUAAGUGAUCAUGAGAUCUAAUACCUGCCGUUAAGUGGUUGUAACGAAAGAAAGCCUUCAGUAAUUAAGUAUCUAGCCUAAAUUAGCUUAAAUAGGGUGUUCGACUACUUUUCAGUUCUAGAAUGAACUACAACAAUAAUUUGAAAUAAUUUAUAAU